AUGCCGCCUGUGUGGACCACAACACUUCUAGGACUUGCAAUCGCUGUCCUUGCUCUGGUGGCUGUUUGGGUAAAGAACAGAAGACGAGCCAACUACCCUCCAGGACCCUUCCCUCUGCCUCUGAUUGGAAAUAUUUUCCAUGUGGAUUUCAACGACUUUCCGGAAAGUUUAUCAAAGUUGCGGAUGCAGUAUGGAAACAUAUUCAGCCUUAACAUAUUCUUUGAAAAGAUCGUUGUAUUAAAUGGAUAUGAUGCUAUUAAGGAGGCACUGGUCACAAAAUCGGAAGACACUUCAGACAGGCCCUCUAUUCCCAUGUUUGAACAUGUUGGACUGAAUGAUGGUAUCGCUUUCAACAGAUAUGGACAUCACUGGAAAGAACAAAGACGAUUUGUUCUUUAUACUUUGAGAAACUUUGGGAUGGGCAAAAAAUCUAUUGAAGAGCGAGUGAGGGAGGAGGCUGGAUACCUCUGCUCUGCUUUUCAGGAUCAAGAAGGGCAUCCGUUUGACCCAUACGUAUUGAUUAAUAAUGCGGUCAGCAAUGUUAUCUGCUCUAUAAUAUUUGGAGACAGAUUUGAUUACAACGACUCAUCAUUCCAGAGGAUGAUCUACCUGCUAAGAGAGUCAUUUGAACUGGCAUCAAAACCUAUGACUCAGUUCUACAAACUCAUGCCUUGGCUGAUGAAGGUCCCCGGACCCCAUCAGAAGCUUUUUCGAGUUAUACGCACUUAUCUAGGCUUCUUGGAAGGCAUCAUCCAUCAACACAGAGACACCUGGGAUCCCAGCAUCAAGAGAGAUUUUAUUGAUGCUUUUUUUGAAGAGAUGGAAAAAAAUAAGGACAAUCCCAACAGCACAUUCAGUGAGAGGACCCUUCUGUAUGUCACAGCAGAUCUCUUUGUAGCUGGCACAGAUACAACCUCCAACACAUUGCGCUGGUCUCUUUUAUUGAUGCUGCACCACCCUCACAUCCAGGAGAGGGUCCAUGAAGAAAUAGACCGUGUGAUUGGAAGACAUAGGCUGCCCACAAUAGAAGACCAGUCCAAUAUGCCAUAUACUAAUGCGGUAAUUCAUGAGGUCCAGCGCUAUGGAAAUAUCCUGCCUAUGGCUCUGCUCCAUAUGACAUACAGAGACACCAACAUCCAAGGUUUUGAAAUCCCCAAGGGCACCACUAUCAUACCCAACCUAACAUCUGUUUUAAAAGACGGUACCAUUUGGAAGAAGCCACAUCAGUUCUACCCAGAACACUUCCUGGAUUCAGAAGGAAAGUUUGUAAAACAAGAGGCAUUUAUUCCGUUUUCUGCAGGACGUCGCAUAUGUGUGGGGGAGCAACUGGCAAGAAUGGACCUUUUUAUCUUCUUUACAUCUCUGCUGCAGCGUUUUGAAUUUUACAUCCCAGAUAAACAGCCACCUCCUCGGCAGGAUCCCUUAUUUAUGUUCAACUUUAGCCCGCACCCCUUCCAAAUCUACCUUUCAGUACGCUAA